AGCUCACUCCUGGCGUCACUUUCCCCCGGCGGCCGCAGCAGGAGGACCCUUCACCGGGUUGUAUUUAGCAGCGUACCCAUCUUUCUCUUAACCUUCAGCGGUAAAAUGUACUACAAGUUCAGCGGAUUCACCCAGAAACUGACGGGUUCAGCUCCAGCGGCCGCCUACAGCCCCCAGGGGCUGAGGCCAGGCGUGCCAGCAGAGGCCCCAGCCAUGAUCUUUGCCUCACCCACCAAGUUGGCGUCAGAGGCUGGAACAGUGGUAGAGUACAUGGGAGCAAACAGGGUUCCUGAUCUCCAGAGGAUAUUCCAGGUGUCGGACGGCCUCCCCAUUCACCUGAAGCGCGGCUACCCCGACCGGCUACUGUACCGCACCACCAUGGCGCUCACUGUAGGAGGCGCUCUCUACUGCCUGGUGGCUCUUUACAUCGCGUGUCAGCCCAGAAAUAAGUGACCAACACAACACCUAUGGAUCUUUCUGUAACAUCCCCAACACGUUGCUGCUCUAAUUUAUCCACCCAGCAUUCCUGGUCUUCAUCCUGUCCUCAUCACGACCAACUCUUGGGACUUUUAGAUGAGAAUGAAUCUUUAUCAGAACUUUACAACAAUCAAAUAACAAUAAUAAUGUCUGUCUUCUUUGUCGAAAGAUGUCUAAGUUAAUAAAUUUUAAGAGGAAGCAAA